AUGGCGAAGCACGCAAGGAUGUUCUUGUACCUUGACAAAGUCCAAGAGUUGUUGAAGGCGUUUCCCACCUUCACCAUCCAGCAAGUUCCCAGAGCAAAGAACGCGCACGCAGAUGCACUGGCAAGCUUAGGAUCGGCGCUGGAUACCCAGUUCAGACACUCCAUCCCGGUCGAGCACCUUGACCAGGCUAGCAUAGAGGAGGCAGAGCAGCCGGACCUGAUGCAGAUCGAUGAGGAUCCUAGCUGGCAAGACCCAAUUAUUGACUACCUAGUGAAUGAAAACCUGCCCAAGGACAAGUCCGAGGCCAGAAAAAUCAAGCAGAAGGCUGCAAGAUACAUGAAAGGCGACAUGCUUAUCCGCAGAUCAUACUACGGACCUCAUCUCACUUGCAUCAAGUACCCACAAACGCUCGAGGUUCUCUGCAAGAUACACGACGGCGAAUGUGGAAAUCACGCUGGGGGCAGAUCGCUUGCUCAGAAGGCUCUCAGCAUAGGCUAUUUCUGGCCUACCAUGCGCCAAGACUCCACGGAGUAUGCUCGAAGAUGUGAUCGAUGCCAACGCUACAAGCCAGUCCCUGGCCUGCCCGCUGAGGAAUACAAUCCGCAGAACAGUCCAUGGCCAUUCAUGCAGUGGGCCAUUGACUUGGUGGGAACUAUGCCGACGGCACCUGCCAAUAAAGAGAUGUUGAUCGUUGCCACUGAUUACUUCACCAAAUGGAUCGAGGCCGAGGCUUUAUCUUCUACCAAGGAGGCCGAUGUUGAACGGUUCAUCUGGAAGAACAUUAUUUGCAGAUUCGGUUGCCCGCAAUCGAUAGUCACCGACAAUGGUACACAGUUCGUGGGCAGGCAGAUCACUGUAUUCUUUGCAAAGUAUGGCAUCAAACAACACCUGUCAACACCCCGAUACCCGCAAGGCAAUGGCCAAGCAGAGGCAUCCAACAAGAUAGUGCUGGACUACCUAAAGAAAAGACUAGAAGGCGCAGAAGGAAAAUGGGUUGACGAGCUGCCAGGAGUCCUAUGGGCUUAUCGCACGACCAAAAGGAGAUCGACCGGAGAGACACCAUUUUCCCUGGCCUAUGGGACAUAA